CGUGCCCUCCUUCAUUUCCCAGUGGCGGUUCUUUCUUUCUUUUUCGGUCUUUACCUGACAUGAAACAAGUCCUGCAAUUCGUGUCUACAAGCACUAUCAAUCUCACUAGUUUUGCAGUGUUUCAGAAGCGUUUGAAUGCUAAGACAUUGAUUUUUCCAUUUGUGAGAGCAGUGGGAUCUAAAAGACCCUUUUCAAAUUCAUCAAAACCCAUUUCACCAAUUGUUGAGGACAAAAAGGAUAUGAAGCUUAAAGGGUUGGAAACAAGUCCUGGUUCCAAGAACAAUGUUGCUAAGGAGAAUGAUGUCAAUAGCUAUUCCAUUGAGAUUGAGAGAUUAAGAAAUGACCCAACAAUUGUAGACACAAUGACUGUUCAGGAACUUCGGAAAACGUUGAAGAGAUUUAGGGUCUCUGCCAAAGGUCGUAAAGAUGAUCUUUUGUCUGCCUUGAAGAGUUUCAUGGACAAUAACACAUGCGAACAAGAUUCUCAAGUAAGAGAACAACAAGGGGUAUUAAUCUCCUCUGAAAAUACAACUGUAGAAGUGGAGGCUAAAAAGAUAUCAGAUGAAGACCAUGUUGAAAACGACAAUGAAACUACAGAGACAUUUGAACUUAACCGGGGUAAGAGAAAGUUAAAACAAUCAGACUCUGUGAGAAAAACUGUCAAAGUGACAACCAAGAAGAAGCCGUUGUUGAAAUCAGACGAGGAUUCAGAUUUUAAACCUUCCAGGGCAAAGCAAAAAGUAUCUUCAGAUAUUGUUAGCAUUGUUGCACAGUCAGAAGAAAUCCAUACAACCACUAUUCAAACUGAACCAUGGACAGUUCUUGCCCACAAGAAGCCCCAAAAAGGUUGGAUUGCAUAUAAUCCUAGAACCAUGAGACCCCCACCACUUGCUCGUGAUACAAAAUUUGUCAAGCUUCUGUCGUGGAAUGUCAAUGGAUUGAGAGCAUUGCUAAAAUUAGAAGGAUUCUCAGCACUUCAACUUUCCCAAAGGGAAGACUUUGAUGUAUUGUGUUUGCAAGAGACUAAGCUGCAGGAGAAGGAUAUUGAAGAAAUCAAACAGCGUCUAAUAGAUGGCUAUGAGAACAGCUUUUGGACGUGUAGUGUUUCCAAGCUUGGUUAUUCUGGAACAGCAAUUAUCUCAAGGAUAAAGCCACUUUCAGUUAGAUAUGGCCUAGGUAUAUCUGAUCAUGAUAGUGAGGGUCGACUUGUGACAGCAGAGUUUGAUACAUUUUAUUUGAUAAGUGGAUACGUCCCUAAUUCUGGAGAUGGCUUGAAAAGACUGUCUUACAGGGUGACUCAAUGGGAUCCAUCUCUUGGUAAUUAUUUGAAAGAGCUAGAAAAGUCAAAGCCUGUAAUUUUGACUGGUGAUCUAAAUUGUGCUCAUGAAGAGAUAGACAUAUACAACCCUGCUGGUAACAGAAGAAGUGCUGGGUUUACAGAUGAAGAGAGGAAAUCGUUUGCAACAAACUUCUUAUCAAGGGGACUUGUAGAUACCUUUAGAAGGCAGCACCCUGGUGUUAUUGGAUAUACUUAUUGGGGUUAUCGGCAUGGUGGACGCAAGACUAACAGAGGGUGGCGUCUUGACUACUUCCUUGUCUCAGAAUCCAUUGCUGACAAAGUUCAUGAUUCAUACAUUCUUCCUGAUGUAACUGGUAGUGAUCACUGUCCUAUUGGCCUUAUUAUCAAGCUUUAGUUCAGCAAUUAAAGCACCAAGUCUGAGUAUGUGGUGAAUGUUGCUAGAAAUUGUAAUUCAUGGGCAAGCCUAAUUUCCAAAAUCAGGGACUUCAGCCUUUUUGCCUGGUUUGCUUCAACUUAAAGUCUUCUUUAGUUGUACAUACUAAACCAUGAUUUUGACUAAGUUAUAACAAGUUUGAGCGGGAUUGGGGAUUUGGGUUUGGUGGAAAGAAAUGUGGGAAUUUGGUAGACUCAGGAUUGGAACCCUAAUCAUGAUAUAUAUGUUCUGCAAGGAUGUACAUGCACAAUUUCUACCUCAUGAUAUAUGAUCUACUUAAAUAUUAGGAUGCUAGUAAUUAAAGAAGGAUAACCUAGGUAUUGGGCCUUCUUAACAUGACCCAAAACAUAUAUAAUUAUCAAAUUUGAAGUUUUGAUCAAAUAUGUAAUUCUACUUUUCUGUAAUUUUAUAUUUAUCAAUUAAUUCACCGUCAAGUUUU